CUGCCGGCUCGCAGUCUCCCUCGUGUGAAAUCGUGGACUUAUCAUCCUUCGGUUCCGUUUCACUUUCAUUAUCCAUUAUUUUCGCUAAGUACCAUUCGCAUGGAACACUUUUCACCACCGAAAACUAGAAGGAACUUUGUUUACAUUCUUCGUACACAAUUCUGCAAGUGGAUGCAGCCGAUUGUCAUGACGCCUCCCACCCAGGGAUGCCAGUUGAUUUUUUUUCAAAUGUGAUUAUAAGCGACGAUAGCAUGUGAAAUUCGGGAAUGUGAACCGACCACCAAAAAGUUGUCAGCGUUGGAAAGCUCUACCGAAAACCUAACAAAAAAAAACAGACAAUUAUGCUUGUAUUCGUUCUGCGCACAAUUUCAGAAAAUCUGUAGUUUUCGCAGCGAAUCAAAUGUUUUCAAAAUGAAAACAUGUCUUCACAUAUGGCAUCCUUGCCCCCGAUUGGCGAGUUUGAAAUGAACCCUUCGGGAAUGCAAUAUUUCUGUUUAUUGAAAACAAAGCUUGUGCUACUAGCUGUGCGAGUUUAUGUUAAAAAUCGGAUGAAUGUAAACAUUAGCGAUCUGGUUCGAAUCCUAUGUGAUAUGUCCACCCCGGAUCACGCCAGUCGAAUUAGUAAUGAGAACUCGAUCGAUGGCACUGAAGUUAGUGAGGAAAUCGAAACAUUCGAAUCACAUCUGAACGAGAAUGGUGAAACCGCCUCAGCCGACUGCCAGGAGGUUCUCAUCGGUGAAUGUUUCGAAUCGCCCUCGGCUGAAAACGUUUCUCUGCCCGCAACAUCAGAGAAAAGUUCGAUAUGCCCCAUAUGCUUGAAAGGCUUCAACGAAUCGAAAAAGUUGCUUCGACACAAAGAAUGCCACGAACGGAGGAGAUUCAAAUGUGACCUGUGCGAUUCGUUCCUGAAGACCCGAUCCAGCUAUAACUCGCACAUGCAGAGGCACACAAACGGGAAGCGAUUUGAGUGUGACACCUGUCGGAAGAUAUUUGCGGCCGCAAGAGAUUUAAAGAACCAUCAGAAAAUCCACGACCAGCAAGCGGAGCGAUUUCGUUGCGAGCUUUGUGGGAAGGAUUUCGGAAGAAUUUAUUCUCUGCUCGAUCACAAAAAGUUACACAGCGGUGAAGAGGUUUUCAGUUGCCCAAAAUGUGAUAUGGUUUUCCCAAAGCGACGUAAUUUACUGCUGCAUGAACGAUCCCAUCUAGUGGAAGAGGAUCGAUUGAAUAUUGCUCAAAAAUAAAUUGAAUGAUUGAAUACAAUUACACUA